UCGUUGCUGCAGCUACCAAAAAUUCCCAAAGCACGGUGGAAUAAAAAAAAAACACUACAGAGGUGUUAGAAAAAUAGGUGAAAAUAACGAUGGCGCUUGAAUCACGGAUUACACAAGAAGAAAUCAAAAGGGAGCCGGAGAAGCCCAUCGAUAGAGAAAAGACCUGCCCCCUCCUGCUGCGAGUAUUCACCACCAACUGCGGUCGGCAUCACAGACCAGAUGAGUUCGCCCGUGGCAACGUUCCCUCCAGUGAACUGCAGAUUUACACAUGGAUGGAUGCGACCCUGAAGGAGCUGACCAGCCUGGUGAAGGAAGUGUAUCCAGAAGCCAGGAAAAAGGGGACCCACUUCCAUUUCUCCAUCGUCUACCCAGACCUCAGAGGGAAAGUGUACAGGUUGAGAGAUCUCGGCAACACCAUAUCAGGAAGGAAGGGCACGGAUGACUCCAUGACUCUGCAGUCUCAGCGCUUCCAGAUCGGAGACUACCUGGACAUCGCUAUCACACCGCCCAACAGAGUCCCACCUCUUGGCCCACGCAUGAGGCCGUUCUAAACAAACACACACGUUCACACAUACACACACAUGCACACAUAAAACACUCAACACACAUCAGCCGUCUCAUUUCUGUUUCUUUGUUCUUCCCUUGCAUCAUCUCUGAUGGUUUUUUGACUCAUUUUUUAAAAUGUGACAUGUAAUAAAGUUGUGAUGUUUUUCUCAAA